AGCCGCCGGACGCGACUUCCUCAUGUCUGAAGAUCGACCAGCAGGCACAACAAACAGCACCGUAACUUCCUUUACCCUGACGAUGCCCUAGCAGCUUGUCGCAUGCUAUUCUGGAGGUGUUUGCGACUCAUCUGCGACUGUACGAAGUGCUCGAAAGCGUCCAAUCCACCUUCAGCCCUCGUUUUCUGCGAGUAAACAAUCCGCCAAACAAACACACGGAAAUAUCCACACGGCGCAUAGCGAUCUCCAUUCUCCCACAACCCUCUCGGUUCCCUCCUCCCGCUCCACGACGAGGACACAUGCUUCGCCAUGUUUUCGUGGAUUACUGGCCCGCGCAUCACGAACGUGAUAGAAGAUCUCCAGCCCGAAAACAACUACGAGUCCACCUUCAUCGAGCCUCCCGAGACGCCCGCUCAUCAGUUCGCCGUCAAAGCUUUCAAGCACGCCAUAUUUGGAACGCCUGCACCCGAAGAAGCGAAAGAUGCCUCGAAGAAGAGCGAGAGGAAGGCGAGGAUAGAUGCAGCAAAUGCAAAAGCAUUUAAUCUCCCCGCGGCGAAAGAGAGUGGGCCGCCCAUCUCUCCAUCGAAACAGCCAGGCGGCAUCCUCAUGACGCCAGGUACCGCAAGCAAGGGAAGGAAGCAGGUGUCGUUCGGGUCGCACGUGGUAGACAAUGAAGGCAAGCGCGGCAAUAUUGGCAAGACCGGCAUACCCAGUGACUGCCCCGGAAAGUUCCCGAGUCCUUGGACACCUGGCACACAACUGAAGCUUGACCCGGAAAGUGACAAACGACCGCGCACCCGCCUCACCGAAGCCCUCCUCGACGCGCGGACAACCACACAGCCGAAGUCGGGACAGAAACCGAAGGCGAGAGACGACAGCGACACCACAAUAGACUUGGGUGCCCCGCGUUCCGAGUCUGGUAAAUACUGGAAGGAGCAAUAUGAGAGCUACGCGGAAAAGAGCGAGAAGGAGAUGAAGAAGGUCAUUGCCAAGCAGCAGCUGGCGAAGAAGUUCGCUAUGAAGAAGGACGGCGAAGCCACAGAACUAUCCACCAAGCUCGAGCAGGAACGCAAGCGAUACAGGCAACGGGAGCGAGACCUGGAACAACAGAACAAAGAUCUCCAGGAAAGGCUACGUCAAGCGAUGGCUGAGAGCAUGUCUUCGAAUAUCGAGAUCGCAGCGCUGAAAGCCCGAAUCACAGUCCUGGAAGCGUCAGGCUCGAUACCUUCCUCUGAACUUCAACAGAACAAAGCUCCAUUCGAGAUAUACGAAGAUGCGAAUAAGGAUAACCCACGAUCGCCAACGCGUGGCUUAGAUAUGGACCCUGAAGUGUCAUUCGCUCCUAAUAACAGCAUGGCUUCGUCUACCAAGGAGAACUCGUCGCCCAAGCCCCGCCUUCACCGCCGUGGUACGAUUCCUGACACUUUGAACCGACCAGUGCUCCCGUCUAGACUUGGAACAGCAGAAGGUGAAGCAUCUAUCAUCCUAGGCCGAUCGCCUCAUGCACCGGCACGCCCCUUUGAGAUCACUCUGGAGAAGGCGCUUGCACAGCCUCAGCACGAGCAACCGCAGCGAUCGCCACUGAAGAUCCGCAGGCCAGUCGCAGCUGACGAGAAUUAUGCGCCAAAGUCACCCGCCGCGAUCCCACCGUCUAGUCCGUUACCUGUACCAUCUCCGGGUCUUGAUCCCUGGAUGGAGAUUAACAACAGUUCGAUAGCGCAAAUGGACAAAAUGGCUCUACCGGUCUCUACCGGUCAGCCAUACUCACGGCCUGAGUGGAACCCACCACCAAAGCAACAUCGAGUAUCGAAAUCCAUAUCGCACGUAAAGUCGACAGAGACAACCAAGUCAAACGAGAAGGUUACAAUUCCCGAGCAUAAGGUUGAACCUACACGACGCAGGGAACGUGCUACCGAGAAGGCGACACACGUCUCAGAGCUCGAGGCAACCUCUGUCCCAUCGAAGAAAGACGAAAGGCAAAAGGUAGACGAAUCCAAAGCCAACGCAUCAUCCCAUCAUGCUCCUACCGACAACAAGUUUGACCUCUCGAAAAUCACAGCACACCAUGCAGAAGGUUCUGCGCAAGUGAAGCAUGACCGGAGCCAGAUGUUACCUGUUGACCGCAAAGAGCAAGCAAGAAGAAGACUUGAAGAAAGAAAGAGGUUGAGGAAGAACGGUACUACUAUUGUUGGUUCUUAAUCGUUCACUGGCGUUUUGGAUAGGGGUGUGUUGUGUUUUCGUCUGGGUGAUCAACACGUUCAAGGCAUAUGUUAUCGGAGUAUGGUGUUGUCCUGAGCAUUGGAUUCUGGUUUAUCGCACGAUACCUUCACAUGCUUCAUCCUUUAGAGCAUUCAGUUGAAUAUUCAAACA